AUGACGGUUGAGCCCACACCCAGCAGCUUGGCCAGUGGCUGCCAGCGGAUCAGCUCCGUGCUUGUGCUUCCUCCUAAUCUGCCUGUGCUCACCUUCCUGUUGUGUCCCUGCUGCUCCAUAGUACGAGACCCUCACUCUGUUUGGCUUCACAGACCUGUGGAACAGGAGUCCCAGCGCACAGUGCCUGUACUUAGAUCACGGGAGUUAUGUCUUGCUCUUAGGUCCUUGAGAAUGGAAGAAUCUCAGGGGAGCAAAUAUGGAGCUUUGGCUGAAGGCAGCAGAGCAGGUGCCGGCUUUGACGCUUCGUUCUCCUUGAGGAUCGUCCUGGUGGGCAAAUCGGGCAGCGGGAAAAGCGCCACCGGGAACAGCAUCCUCUGCCGGUCAGCGUUCGAGUCCCAAGUGGGGGUCCAGUGUGUGACCAGGCAGUGCCAGGAGGCCAGGGGCACUUGGGAAGGGAGGAGCAUCCUGGUGGUGGACACGCCCCCUAUCUUCGACGCCGGGCCCCCCACCCAAGACCUGUACAAGAACAUCGGGGACUGCUACCUGCUGGCCGCCCCCGGGCCCCACGUGCUGCUGCUGGUCAUCCGGCUGGGCCGCUUCACCGCGCACGAGGCCGAGGCCGUCAGGAGGGUGAAGGAGGUCUUUGGGCCGGGGGCCAUGAGACACGUGAUCGUCCUCUUCACCCACAAGGAGGACCUGCAGGGCGAGCCCCUGGCUGACUACCUGGCCAGCGUGAGGGACUCGGGGCUGCCCGGGCUCCUGCGGGAGUGCGGGAGGAGGUUCUGCGGCUUCAACAACCGGGCCACGGGCGCAGAGCAGCGCCGGCAGCUGGCCGAGCUCAUGGGCCAGGUGGAGAGUCUGGAGCGGGAGCUGCAGGGCGGCUUCCUGAGCUCAGAGCUGUCGCGGGAGGCGCAGCUGCUGCUGCAGCAGCGGAGCGCGGGGGCCGAGUGCGCGGAGCAGCGCGCGCGCUUCCUGGGCCUGGUGCGGCGCGAGCUGGAGAAGCAGCAGCGGGCGGUGGCCACGGCCCAGGGAAGCUGCGUGAGGAACGGGCUCCGCAGAAUCCAGAGCUGGAUGGCGUCUCAUGUCUGGCUUUCCGCUUUUCUCCUAAUUGGCAUUUUAAUUUGCCUGGCUAUUUUAAUUAACUUUGCUUUCACUCAUGGACGCUGA